GCCCGCGCCCGCGCCGCCGCCGCCGCGCCUCGGGCCGCCGCAGAGGGACGCGGAGGCCGGCGCCGAGCCCUGCGCGCGCGCCUGCAGGGCCGACCUGGACGAGCGCGAGUCCUACUGUGCGAGCGAAUUCGCCGUGAACGGAAUCGUGCAUGAUGUGGACGUGCUCGGCACGGGGAUCCGGCUGGUGACUCUGCUGGUGGAUCGGGACGGGCUGUACAAGAUGAACCGCCUGUACAUCACUCCGGACGGGUUUUUCUUCCGAGUCCACAUAUUAGCCCUAGACUCCUCCAGUUGCAAUAAGCCAUGUCCAGAAUUUAAACCUGGCAGCAGGUAUAUUGUGAUGGGCCACAUCUACCAUAAGAGACGGCAGCUCCCUCCAGCUCUGCUCCAGGUCCUGAGAGGGCGCCUCAGACCGGGAGAUGGCCUGCUCAGGAGCAGCAGCAGCUACGUGAAAAGAUUUAACCGCAAAAGGGAUGGGCAAGUUCAAGGUGCAGUUCACACCCAAUGUAUUUAAAAAGAACCACCCUGGCAUUUCUGGACCGUAAGAGACUUGGAAUUCGGCAACAAGACAGGAAAGGUCUUCAUGUCAUGGGAUCUUCCUUUAGAAUAGGGCACACAGCUCCUUUAUGAACUAGUUGCAUAGUUCCAACUCUAAUCUUGAAGUUGUCACUUCCUUAUUUACAAAACGCUUCUUAAGUGGUAUGCUUCUGAGCUCAAAAGUUAUCCAACUCUUGUGCCAGUCACUCACACAGCUCAGAUAACUGACCUGUCCAGUUAACAGAUCACUGCUUCGUAUUGUUUAUUUUUAAUUAUUUUAAUUUAAAUACAUUCUUCAGUAGAAAUAGUUCACAAAAAACAUUUCCUUAAUUUUAAAUAUACAACUUUGAAUAGUUUAUAUCAUGUAUCAAACCAAAUUUUAUAUUCAAACCAUCACAUUUUAAAAUCUGUACACAGCAGUAAGUGCACUACUCAAAGACAUGGAUGAAAUGUCAUUUUGGUCAAACACUACUUAGGGCCCAAGACAACGAUUAAAGUUUUACACUUAAAGGGUAUUAAAGGACUUAAUUCAAGCAAAAUAUUACUCAAACAAGUGUUCCUGAUGUACCACAACGUAAGAUAUAGUUUAUUUUCAUGCCUCUCUGCUCCUAAAAACAUGUUUUGUGCCGAACUGGCAGCUAUCCCAAUGCUAAACAUAUUCUGGGUGUAUCUGAUGUCAUUUUUGUAUUAAGACCAAGUAUCAUGUUUGUGUUUGUAAAGCAGUAAAUCUUGCCUUGAAAUCAGA